AAAAAAGAGAAUACAUACCACACACCAUGGCGGACAAAGACCCCGUCGUCACGCACAUCUACACAGCCGACCCCUCAGCACACGUCUUCAACGGCAAACUCUACAUCUACCCGUCGCACGACCGUGAGAGCGGCAUACUCAACAACGACAAUGGCGACCAAUACGACAUGAACGACUACCACGUGCUCAGCAUGGACUCGGUUGGAGGGCCCGUGACGGACCACGGCGUGGCGCUGCGGCAGGAAGACAUUCUGUGGGUCAGCAAGCAGCUGUGGGCGCCCGACGCAGCGACCAAGGACGGCAAAUACUAUCUCUUCUUCCCCGCGCGCGACAAGGAGGGCGUGUUCCGCGUGGGCGUGGCCAGCAGCGACAAGCCCGAGGGCCCGUUUGCGGCCGAGCCCGAGCCCAUCCACGGCAGCUUCAGCAUCGAUCCCGCGGCGUUUGUCGACGACGACGGCCAGGCGUACCUGUACUUUGGCGGCAUCUGGGGCGGCCAGCUGCAGUGCUGGACGACGGGCGAGUUUGUGCGUGCCGACUACGACAAAAUGGAGGCGUCCGAGGGCCCCGCGCUGUGCGCAAAGGUGGCGCGCCUGUCCGACGACAUGAAGAGCUUUGCGUCUGCCGUGAGCGACGUGGUGAUAGUGGACGAGGCGGGCGCGCACAUCGCCGCCAGCGACCAUGACCGCCGCUUCUUCGAGGCGGCAUGGAUGCACAAGUACCAGGGCAAGUACUACUUUUCCUACUCGACCGGCGACACGCACUACCUGUGCUAUGCCGUGGGAGACAAUCCGCUCGGCCCCUUUACCUACGGCGGCCGCAUUCUCGAGCCCGUCAUUGGCUGGACCACGCACCACAGCAUUGCAGAGUUCAAGGGCAAGUGGUACUUGUUCUACCAUGAUUCGAGUCUGAGUAAGGGCGUCAAUCAUCUGCGCUGCGUCAAGAUCAGGGAGAUUGUCUAUGACGACCACGGUAAGAUUCACCUGGCCGAGAGUCAGCCAAAAGUUUAAGGGGGGGCGCCAUGGUGUGAGAAAGAGAGAAAUGAUUGUCACUUUCUAUCAAUCCAUCCAUCUUAGUAGAUUACGAUCGCCGCCACAUAACACAU